AUGCGUCGAUCCCCACCCUUAUCCCCGGAUAAACUCAUGCCUACGCCCAGCGCCACUGACGCUCUUGCGCAAGAAAGUCAUGCGUUCGUUCGCUGCACAUCGCGGGUGUACUUGCCGAAGUAUUGGCCUUCGACACUGGGAAAUGUGACCACCUGA